AUGCGGGGCUUGAUAAUCCCUGCUUGUAAGUAUCACGUUAAACAUUCUAUUCAGAAUAAUCAGACUGAUGUUCUUAUGCUUCAAGAAGUAAAAGUUAGUGAUGUUCGGUUGGAUGCUCGCCUUGCUUCCAUCUGGCCUGCAGGUCUUUUCCUUCAUACCAACCAUGCUGAUGGUGGUGGAGGUGUUGUUCUAGGUCUUGCUCCAUGGCUAGCCAAGCAUGUUGUUGAUUCUGGUUCAGACCCUAAUCAUCAUUGUGUUUGGGCUACUACCCUCAUUAAUGGUAUGCUGGUGGGUUUUUGUUCUAUUUAUGUUCCUAACUCUUCCUUGGAGAGAACUAGUCUUUGGGAAUGGCUUCGAUAUUACCUCCCCAACGUUGAUUGGGUUUUGGGGGGUGACUUUAACAUGGUUGAGCAUCCUUCAUAUCGUAGUUGGAAUAGUUCUACUCGUUUGUCUCAUUCUGAAUUUGAAGCUUGGACUUUGACCAGAAACUCCCUUGGAGUGCAUGAUUCCAUUCUCGGCAAGACCAACCUCCAAAUGCCCCACUGGUUCACUUGGAACAAUUGUCGUGAAGGUGCCCUGAGUAAAAUGAGCCGCCUAGACCAUUUUUAUAUCUCUCCUAAUUGCCCAAUCUUGCCGUCACAAGCUGGACAUAUUGUUUCAUUGGAUCUUUCAGCUGUGCUUUCUGACCACCUUCCCAUCUUCACCACCCUUUCCCUCUCCUCGCCCACUUCCCUCUCUAAUGAUCUUCCCUUUAAGCUGAAUGUUUCCCAUCUUAAAAACCAAGACUGCAUUAAUGGCCUCUUAGCCACCUGGAACGCUGAACCAAAACCUCAACAAGAUAGGUGGAUUUGUUGGUGGGAGCAAACCAUAACAAAUUGUGUUUCUUUUCUUCAUGAUUAUGGUCGAAGGAUUGCUGCUAAACAUCAGAGACUUGAAAAAUCCCUCCAAGGUCAAUUGGAGCGUGAUCGUACUAUUCUUGCUACCAAUCCUCACAACAUUUCUGUGCAACAAUCUGUUGCCAAUGCUGAGAAUGCUCUUCGUAAAAUGGCUGCCUACAAAGGAAAAGGUGCUCAAUUACGUGCGCGACUUCAAUGGAUUAAGGAUGGAGAUCGUGGGACAAAAUUUUUCUUUCAAUACCUUAAGCACAAACACAAAAUGGAACACAUUUCUGCUAUUAAAUCUGCAAGUGGGAUCCUUCAAACCAGCCAGACUGAUAUUAUGCAAACCUUCUAUGAGCAUUUUAAAAACCUUUUUAUUGAUGAAUCUGCUAAUGACACCCUCCUUCCCAUCCUUGAAGAAGUUGUUGCUGGCUGCAUUCCUAGAAAAAUUGACCCUGAGUAUAGCAAAUGCCUUGAUCACCUUCUUUCUAUUGAAGAGCUUGAUGAGGCCUUGCAGUGUAUGGCCCUGGAAAAAAGCCUAGGUAUUGAUGACUUACCAGUUGAAUUUUAUAGUGCUCUUUGGCCCCAUAUUCGAGAGGAUUUUUAUUAUGUCUACCUUGAAGGUAUAGAAACUGGUUCGUUGGGUCCAGUCAUUAAUUAG